CGCAUGCGCAGCGCAAUAUAAUUCCUCACACCGUAAAAGGAAUUUAAUUAAGCAGGUUAAUUACUGUACCUAUCUUUGUAUACUGCACUUCUGAAAUGUAGCAGGGCACACUAAGCUCAUGCUUUUCUACAAUUAGAAUUAGGUUUCGAUUUCAGCCACAUGCUGACUAAGUAAAUCCACAUGGGAAACCUACGUGACUUUACACCAUGAGCAUCUCUCAUUUAAAAGAUCUCGAUCAACAUGUGGGCUCAUUUGAUCUUCACCUUGUGAUCAUGUCGCAUGUGUUUCUUUGGCUGCUUCUUGUCAUCACCCCGUCUCUCCAAACACGUGGCCCUGACUCUCAGGACUACAAUGAGGAUACCGGGGAGAAAUUAAAGCCUAAUAAAGGGAUUACCACCUCGGACCUUAUUUUGCAAAGUAGCUGCAAACCUCGUGAAACUUUAAUCAAUGUUUAUGAAGAAUUUCCAAACGAGACACAAUACACCAUUGUGCCUAGUUGUGUGCCAAUGCAACGGUGUUUGGGUUGCUGUACAGAUGAGGCUACAGUGUGUACGCCUCGGAAAACCAAGACUGUCAAGUUGGAGGUGAUCCGUGUUUACUCUGAUGGUACACAACAAACCAUCAAAUUGAAUUUUAGGAACCACACUCAUUGCAGUUGCAGAUACAGAUUCCUGGAAUAAUUAGUCCGACAUCCUUUAUUGAGGAGUUAUUUAAUCAUUUUUAAUAAAUAUGUUAUCUUGUAAUUAUUUUUUUUAUAUUUAACAUUUAUAUGUGGUACUAAACAAAUGAUUGCAAAUUACUGUUUUGUGAAUAAACAAGAUUAAC